UCCUUUUUUUAAACAAGAGGGCGGGUACCUCAGCCAUUCUGUUAAGACAGAGGCAGACAUCUCCAGAGAGAGAAACAGAGAGAGAUUGUGUUCUAUUUCCAUUCAAAGGCAAUAGAAAAUGGCAGAAUCUGAAGAUAUUCAGCCUCUUGUUUGUGACAAUGGUACUGGAAUGGUGAAGGCAGGAUUUGCUGGAGAUGAUGCUCCAAGGGCUGUAUUUCCCAGCAUUGUUGGUCGCCCUCGCCACACGGGUGUGAUGGUUGGUAUGGGGCAAAAGGAUGCCUAUGUAGGGGAUGAGGCUCAAUCAAAAAGAGGUAUUUUGACCUUGAAAUAUCCGAUUGAGCAUGGUAUUGUUAGCAAUUGGGAUGACAUGGAGAAGAUCUGGCAUCACACAUUCUACAACGAGCUUCGUGUUGCCCCAGAAGAGCAUCCAGUUCUCCUGACAGAAGCACCCCUUAACCCCAAGGCCAAUCGUGAAAAAAUGACUCAAAUCAUGUUUGAGACAUUCAACACUCCGGCAAUGUACGUUGCAAUCCAGGCUGUCCUUUCCCUAUAUGCUAGUGGACGCACAACUGGUAUCGUUCUCGACUCAGGGGAUGGUGUGAGCCACACAGUUCCAAUUUAUGAAGGGUAUGCCCUCCCACAUGCCAUCCUUCGUUUGGACCUGGCAGGUCGUGAUCUUACAGAUGCCCUUAUGAAAAUCUUGACUGAACGUGGUUACUCUUUCACCACCACUGCUGAGCGCGAAAUUGUGAGGGACAUGAAGGAGAAAUUAGCAUAUAUUGCUCUUGACUAUGAACAAGAGCUAGAGACUUCAAAGACCAGCUCAUCUGUGGAAAAAAGUUAUGAGCUACCUGAUGGACAGGUGAUCACCAUCGGGGCUGAAAGAUUCCGCUGCCCUGAAGUCCUCUUCCAGCCAUCCAUGAUUGGAAUGGAAGCUGCUGGUAUCCAUGAAACCACAUACAACUCUAUUAUGAAGUGUGAUGUUGAUAUUAGGAAGGAUCUCUAUGGCAAUAUUGUCCUUAGUGGAGGCUCCACUAUGUUCCCUGGCAUUGCUGAUAGGAUGAGCAAAGAGAUUACAGCAUUAGCUCCAAGUAGCAUGAAAAUUAAGGUCGUAGCACCACCGGAGAGGAAAUAUAGUGUCUGGAUUGGAGGCUCCAUUUUGGCAUCCCUCAGCACCUUCCAACAGAUGUGGAUUGCAAAGGCAGAGUAUGAUGAAUCUGGUCCCUCAAUUGUCCACAGGAAAUGCUUCUAAUCAUGCAAAGCAAGAGGUGGACAGAGAAUUUACACUUAACAGAUUUUGUAUUAAAGAAAGGCUUCUAUUUAAGUGGUUGCGGAAUUUCUUUUUCUAUUCAUUUUCCAAUUUCAUUCAUGUCUAUUUCUCUGUGUUUGUUAUGUUGGGACAUGAACAUGGAGGCGAGCAAAUUAUGAUUAAGAUUCAAUUUUUUCAUUACUGCUUUGUUGUAGAGAAAUUAUGUAUUGUUACUGAUUUGGUUUGGUUGAAAUCAGAAAUCCCCUUCAUUAUUAUUA